CGGGGCCGGCGGGGCUGGACAGCGGCGGGCCCGAGGCGCGCUCCGGGGUGCCCUGUUCACGACCCAGGAACCCAGCGCUGCCACCGAGAUGGGCCCUCCGCGGCACCCCCAGCCCGGCGAGAUGGAAGCCGGAGGUGCGGGCGGCGGGCGGCGGCUGCAGGUGGAAAUGAGUUCUCAGCAGUUUCCUCGGUUAGGAACCCCUUCCACUGGGCUAAGCCAAGCUCCUUCACAGAUUGCAAACAGUGGUUCUGCAGGAUUGAUAAACCCAGCUGCCACAGUCAACGAUGAAUCUAGCCGAGAGGCUGAAGUCACUGCCAGGGAGCACAUGGGUUCCAGCAGCUCCCUACAGUCCCGCGAAGAGAAGCAAGAGCCUGUUGUGGUAAGGCCCUAUCCACAGGUGCAGAUGUUGUCUACACACCAUGCUGUUGCAUCGGGCACACCCGUCACAGUGACAGCCCCACCAGCCCAUCUGACGCCAGCAGUGCCACUCUCCUUUUCCGAGGGACUUAUGAAGCCGCCCCCGAAGCCCACCAUGCCUAGCCGUCCCAUUGCUCCUGCUCCACCUUCUACCUUGUCACUUCCCCCCAAGGUUCCAGGGCAGGUUACCGUUACCAUGGAGAGUAGCAUCCCUCAAGCUUCAGCCAUUCCUGUGGCAACAAUCAGUGGACAACAGGGACAUCCCAGUAACCUGCAUCACAUCAUGACCACAAAUGUACAGAUGUCUAUUAUCCGCAGCAACGCUCCUGGGCCCCCUCUUCACAUCGGAGCUUCUCAUUUACCUCGAGGAGCAGCUGCUGCUGCUGUGAUGUCCAGUUCUAAAGUAACCACAGUCCUGAGGCCAACUUCCCAGUUGCCAAAUGCUGCUACAGCUCAGCCAGCAGUACAGCACAUCAUUCACCAACCAAUCCAGUCUCGUCCACCUGUGACCACCUCUAAUACCAUCCCUCCUGCUGUGGUAGCAACUGUCUCAGCCACCAGAGCUCAGUCUCCAGUCAUUACUACAACUGCAGCACAUGCUACUGAUUCAGCACUUAGUCGGCCAACUUUGUCUAUCCAGCAUCCACCAUCUGCAGCAAUUAGUAUUCAGCGUCCUGCGCAGUCACGGGAUGUAACCACAAGAAUCACACUGCCAUCUCAUCCUGCAUUGGGGACGCCAAAGCAACAGCUUCAUACCAUGGCGCAGAAAACUAUCUUCAGUACUGGCACACCAGUGGCUGCAGCAACCGUAGCACCUAUUCUGGCAACCAACACCAUUCCUUCAGCUACCACGGCCGGAUCUGUGUCACACACACAAGCUCCCACGAGUACAAUUGUUACCAUGACAAUGCCCUCACAUUCAUCCCAUGCUACCGCUGUGACCACCUCAAACAUCCCAGUUGCUAAGGUGGUGCCUCAGCAGAUUACACACACUUCUCCUCGGAUCCAGCCUGAUUACCCUGCAGAGAGGAGUAGCCUGAUUCCCAUUUCAGGUCAUCGGGCCUCUCCAAAUCCUGUGGCCAUGGAAACCCGAAGUGAUAAUAGACCGUCUGUUCCUGUUCAGUUCCAGUACUUUUUGCCAACAUACCCACCUUCUGCAUAUCCACUGGCUGCACACACGUACACCCCAAUCACCAGCUCCGUGUCCACCAUCCGACAGUAUCCAGUUUCUGCUCAGGCUCCAAAUUCUGCCAUCACAGCUCAGACUGGCGUUGGGGUGGCUUCCACAGUCCACCUAAACCCCAUGCAGUUGAUGACAGUGGAUACUUCUCAUGCUCGACAUAUCCAGGGGAUCCAGCCAGCACCCAUCAGUACACAGGGGAUACAGCCAGCCCCCAUCGGGACUCCAGGAAUACAGCCAGCACCAAUGGGCACACAGGGAAUCCACUCAGCAACCCCAAUCAGCACACAGGGACUUCAGCCUGCACCAAUGGGUACUCAGCAGCCUCAGCCUGAAGGAAAGACUUCAGCUGUGGUGUUGGCAGACGGAGCCACAAUUGUGGCCAACCCUAUUAGCAAUCCAUUCAGUGCUGCUCCCGCAGCAACAACAGUGGUGCAGACCCACAGCCAGAGUGCUAGCACCAACGCUCCAGCCCAGGGCUCAUCCCCCCGGCCAAGUAUCCUCCGGAAGAAACCCGCCACGGAUGGAAUGGCAGUUCGGAAAACCCUCAUUCCUCCUCAGCCUCCUGAAGUGGCUAGCCCUCGAGUGGAGAGCUCUAUGCGGAGUACAUCCGGGUCACCUAGGCCUGCAGGUGCCAAGCCUAAGUCAGAGAUCCACGUAUCGAUGGCCACUCCAGUUACUGUGUCCAUGGAGACUGUGUCCAGUCAAAAUAAUGAUCAGCCCACCAUCGCAGUCCCUCCCACGGCUCAGCAGCCUCCACCAACCAUCCCAACCAUGAUCGCAGCCGCAAGCCCCCCAUCACAGCCAGCUGUCGCCCUCUCAACCAUUCCAGGAGCAGUCCCCGUCACUCCCCCCGUCACUACCAUUGCGGCUGCCCCUCCACCAUCAGCUGCUGUAGCUGGCAGUCUCUCUUCUGUGUUGGGCCCUCCAGUACCUGAGAUAAAAGUUAAAGAGGAAGUGGAACCAAUGGACAUCAUGAGGCCAGUCUCUGCAGUUCCUCCCCUGGCUACCAGCACUGUGUCUCCAUCUCUUGCAUUGCUGGCUAACAACCUGUCCAUGCCUACAAGUGACCUACCACCUGGUGCCUCCCCAAGGAAAAAGCCUCGAAAGCAACAGCACGUGAUUUCAACAGAAGAAGGGGAUAUGAUGGAGACAAACAGCACUGAUGAUGAGAAGUCCACUGCCAAGAGUCUUUUGGUGAAGGCUGAGAAACGCAAGUCUCCACCCAAGGAGUAUAUUGGUAAUGAUGAAGAAGGUGUGAGGUAUGUCCCAGUGCGUCCAAGACCUCCCAUUACUUUGCUCCGUCACUAUCGGAACCCCUGGAAGGCUGCUUACCACCACUUUCAGCGGUACAGUGAUGUCCGGGUUAAAGAAGAGAAGAAAGCUAUGCUGCAGGAAAUAGCUAACCAGAAAGGGGUAUCCUGUCGUGCUCAAGGCUGGAAAGUUCACCUCUGUGCUGCUCAGUUGCUACAGCUGCCUGCCUCCUACAGCCCCUGCUUGUUCACUCUGUUCCUGAGUGCAGCCCCUGCGUGGCCCUGCGUGGUGUGUGGUGUCCUCCUCCCCUGGGCUACAAAUCUAGAACAUGAUGUUUAUGAAAGACUCACCAACCUACAGGAAGGGAUUAUCCCAAAGAAAAAAGCGGCAACUGAUGAUGAUCUACACCGAAUAAAUGAACUGAUACAGGGAAACAUGCAGCGGUGUAAACUUGUGAUGGACCAGAUCAGUGAGGCCAGAGACUCCAUGCUUAAGGUUUUAGAUCAUAAAGAUCGUGUCCUGAAGCUUCUAAACAAGAACGGGACUGUCAAGAAGGUGUCAAAAUUGAAGCGAAAGGAAAAAGUCUAGACCCAGAAGAAUCAGGACUUUGGAAACAGAAUUUAUGAAGAAUGAUGGUGGGGUGGGGGGAGGGUUUUGGUUAUUUUCAAAGUGGAACAUUGAAAUAAAGGAAGUGUUCCUUAAUUCACACAAGAAAGCAGAGGGACCCAUGGUACCCAGUGGCACAAACGGAUCAGAGCUAUUCUGAUGCAGUGAACUCCAUUCUCUCUUUUAGGCGUAUCCCUCUUAAACUCGCUGUGUCAUAAAUGACUCCUGAUGCAUCAGUGUCUGCCAGUUAGAAUCAGUGACACAAAUGAAUGGCUAGCAGUUUUCAGCCUUCUGGUUUAUAAACUGUAUUUAUCUGGUGGACUCCUGCAGGACCCAUACUGAGCCUGGACUGAAAGUAUCCACUUGGACCAUCUGUUAUUGCUCUACACUGAAAAUCAAACCUCUUCCCCUCAUCCCAGCCGGGUCUUACUCUGUCUGACCUUCAGAUGCCUGAGCCGGCCUUUUACAGCAGUGCCAUGGCACCAAGAGACUUGCCACAUCUCACACUCUAAAGGGUUUGAACUAUUAAUUCUUGUCCUUUUUUUAAAGAACCAUUUCAAGGUGAAAUUGUUAAAGUGUCUGUCCCGCGUGUGUCAGAGUUGGGUUUUUGUGGAGGUUCAGAGCAGGCAACAUCUGAAGUUGCUCUGAGAUCCUUGUUCUGAAGUACAUUCUUGGUUAUUUGUACUUCUGUAGCUGGUGUGAUGCUGUUAAUUGUAUGUACCGCACAUCUCCAAAUGUUAAUAAAGGACUCAAAGAGGU